AUGUACAGGACAGGUGAAGACAAGACGUCAGAGCCAGAGGAGAAGGAGCCCCAGGGCAGGGGAGAAGGGGCUUGCGUGGGGCUGGAGCAGCAGCAGCAAGGGGGACUGAAGUCUGCGGUGCUGGGCCUGGCCUGCGUGCUGUGUCACCGGGCCGACUCAGACUCAGAAUUGUAUGGGGAGAAAUGGAGCAAGGACGGUCUCUGUGCCCAUGAGAACUGCCUGUAUCUUGCCAGCAGACUGCCCGUGAGACACAAUAGGCACACGGGAGAAGAUCAGUUCCUACCGGCAGAUAUCAGGCGGGUUGUGAAGCAGGCCACUCGGAAGGCCUGCUAUGUCUGUGGUGAGCGGGGCGCCACAAUUCUGUGCCGGCAGAAGGGCUGCAAGCACAGCUUCCACUUCCCGUGUGGAUCUCAGGACGGCUGCGUCUGCCAGUUCACUGGCAAGUACAAGUCCUUCUGCCGGGAUCAUCGUCCAGAACAAACAGUAGAGGCACGGCAGGAUGAGGAGACUUCCUGUCUUGUAUGUCUGGAGCCGGUGGAGGAGAAGCUCUCCUACCACACGAUGGUGUGCCCCGCGUGCUUGCACGCAUGGUUCCAUCGAAGCUGCAUCCAGAAACAGGCUCUGCGCUCUGGGUUGUUCACCUUCCAGUGUCCCCAGUGCAAAGACACUAAGAAAUUUCUGACAGAAAUGUCUACCAUGGGGAUCCGAAUCCCCAUCAGGGAACCAGCAUGGGAGGCAAACAGUGCCUUUGAUGAACUGUACGAGAGGCACAACCAGUGCAAUGCAAGCCAGUGCCUUUGUCCAGGAGGCAGAGAACAGGCAGAGGAGGCAGGGCCCUGGCACCUGCUCCUCUGCUCCUCCUGUGCUGCCAGGGGAACCCACCGACGCUGCUCUGCCUUGAGGGCCACAAGAAACACAUGGGAGUGUGAUGACUGUGCAGGCCUGGGCACUGGGAAGGGCUCUGGAGCGGACGCUCAUGCCGGAGCACCUUGUCUAGAGGCGAGCAACUGUGGCAAAAGCCACCGAACGAGAGAGCGUACACAGCGAGAGGCAGCCCCAGCGCUGACCCCUGUGUGGGCAGCGCUGAGCUCCGGGCUGGAGGGAGGUGGCUCUGAUUCAGCGGGGUUGGAGCCGGCCGGGCAGGCGGGAAUUCAAAAACUGCCCGCAGGGAGCGCGAGCAACCAGGAGCGCAGCGCAUCAGACAGGGCGCGGCAUGGCAGUUAG